CUUGCAUUGACGAGGGCCUCGAUAUUUGAUAGAAGCACUUUUAUUCCUCAAUAGAGCAGGCCCUCAUCAUGUCCGAUACUCCUGCCGUUGGCGACACGUUUGCAGCCAUGCAGCUCCACGAUGCCGCGGCUGCCUCCGUUUCAACCAAUCGACACCAUUUCCGCUUCCUAGACCUGGCUGCAGAAAUUCGAAACCGCAUCUAUGACUUUGCCGCUGAGGCACCCCCGAGCAAUAUCAUACCCAAGCCUGGCAACGGACCCACUAUCGGUCUCAUCCAAGUCUGCCGACAAAUCCGAGAUGAGUUUAGAAAGAUCUACAUGCAGAAUGUCCCCUUCACAGUCCGAGACAAAGACGUUGUGGAUUUCGCGAUAGCAUUCUUUGAGACUAGUCACGCGGACCAGCAGGCACCCAUCGGGCAACAUCCCAUCCAUGUCUUCUAUCUCUAUCCGCCGUCCACGAAUGUGGACAUACUACCUCUCCUAAAACUCAAGAUGGCGUUCCCGCAAACCGAGGUCACAAUCAUACCAGAUCCUGCAGAAAACGAAGAGCAUUUCUAUACCCAAUUGAAUUGUGAACACAUAACGCACGUCCUGGAAAAUACGUCGCCUGCAUUGAGACAUGAUAUUCGAGCAUCCAAAAUUUCCGAAUUCUGCUGUCAUCACGAUAGCAGAUUCUACUUGUGGUACAAGCUGGGUCAUGUACCCCACGGUGUCGACAUGACAUUGGAUCGGGAAGGGGUAGCUUUCGCGAACCAGAUCUACAACAUGAUAGGUGUUAAAGAUAUGUAUGGAAUUCAUCACGGCGUUGCAUUUGAAGGCAUCGAUGUGCGCAAUUCCAACAAUUCGAGCCGGGCGGGAGAUGUAGAGAAAGGACUGAGUUAGAGAGUGGUCGGCUUGAGCACCGAUGGAUCAGGCCGGCUUGGAUCCUGACACCGUUGUACUGCUAUUAAUAUUGCAGGUUCUAUGGUUCCAAAAAUGAAGGUUUCGUCAAUGUAUUCAUAGCUCCAUACAGGACAGAAACACUUCGUUGUAGCACUCCACCUUGAUUCUGCAAUGCAGUUUUGCAUACUCUGCGUAGC